AUGUCAACAAAUGCAAAUAAUUCCGAUCUAUAUUUGAGACCUCUACCAUUUCUCGAUCACAAAUGGGUAAGAGCAGAUCUCAUAUCGAGUCUACGAAGCCCCGAAGAUGCUGCUGUAUUGUGGAAUAAUCUAAUACAAGAUUGUGAAUUGGUAUCAUCGCCGGCUGGACCUGUCCUAAAUACUGCCGGUAAUUGGUCAUAUUUGGGCGAUGAUGGAAAACAUUAUUGUGGUGUCCAAAAAUUACAAUGUUCCUGUUGUCCGGCAAAUGACUAUUGCGGUCCGCUAUCGGCCUGUAAUUGUAGUGCUUGCCACAGUCUGGAUUCGGAUGCGACCAUUAAGAAAAUAACCACACAGGCCCAGGCGGCUGCUGCUGCAGCCCAACGUAUUGCCAGCGAUGCCAUCUUUGAGUCUUGGCUAUGGGGUCAGACCCCAAAUGCUGUGGCCAAAAUUGAAUGUCAAAAGACUUUAAUUAAUGAACUGCAUGAUAUUGCUUUACAGGCAGCCGGCAAUUGCCUUUCGGCCAUACAUUUGCGGCAGCAGCUUUUCAUAUAUGAACGAUAUUUUGUGGCACUGGCACGGUGUAAACAACAAUUGCAGCAACAACAGGCAAUGCAACAACAACACAGUCUACAACAAAUGCAAUCAACAGAGAUGCCAACAUCACUUAAUCCGACAAAUCCAUUUUUAAAUGUUGGCGAUAAAACCCGCCUAUCGGAAGAGAGUAAUUUCUCGUCGCGUGAUCGUUUUGGUAAAUAUCGUCAGACAUCAUCACAGGAGUUGCGAUCACCGGGACGUGAUAGUGAACGUGCCACAUUGGGUUUGGCACGUGUCUGUACGCGGGCAGCCUUGAAUUUUUCCUUCUUUUUUCUGCGUCGAGCAUGGCGUUCCGGUGAAGAUACGGAAAUGUGUAGUGAAUUGUUGUGUGAAGCCUUAGAAUCGUUACAAGAUUUACCCGAAGCAUUGCUGUUCGAUACAACACAGGUAUCACCCCUGUGGAUUGAAGUGUUGGAACGUUCAAUAAAAUUUCUACGACAAGUUGCCUUGGGUGAUCCAUUGGGUGGCCGUUGUUUGGCCCCCAAAGAAGAUCGCCACACAGCUCUGUGUUUGCUAUUGGAGCUGGGAGCCCAAAAAGGCAGCCUAGCUGCAUCAUUGGAAGCAGUUGUCCUUCUACUUACCCUCUGGGAAAAAGACAAAUCUACAGAUGAUAAUCGUGAUGUACCACAAAAUACAGGCGCCCCAUUGGUACCCAUACUAAAACGUUAUGAAUGCAUUGGUAAUUAUGGUCUAACACCAAAUAGUUCUGCCAAUGUUUUACCAUCCAGUGCCACGGAGUGUUUUCUACGUUUCUUGACAUUACCCGAACAGGAAAAUGCCAAUGUUGAUUUGAAACAGGCAGCUGUUGUUAUUAUAUCACAUUUAGAUCGAUUGGCCAAACCGCACAUGCCUACAGCACAUUCCAUACAAACGAAUUACAAUGCAAUGCAGAAUAAAUACAACGCCUCCGCGGCCGGAUUGGGAAAAACCUCAUUGAUUAAUCAAAGUUCUCAGGAGAGUGGUUCAUGUGGACCGGGUGCUUCGAUAACCACUAACAAUAAUAAUAACAUCUCGUCAAGUACUCCUCAAUUGCAUGAGCAGCGAAUUUAUGCCCUGGGAUGGUUAUCAUUGAAUCCCCAUCAAAAUGGCUUUACCGCCGAGCCCGCGGUGGGCAUGCCCUUGAAUGGAAAUCAAACCACAUAUAGUCAAUAUUCAGCGCCGGUUUUGAACUUCUACUUCCAAGUACAACAAGUGGUUAUAUCCGAAGAGUAUGUUUUGUUCUUAACCCAAGAUGGCAAGAUGUACACCUGGCGUAUUUCCAAACCCGAGACGGAACCCAUGUUGAUUGAAGAAAUGUCCGAGGUGCAUGUAAUAGCAGUGGCAGCCCACUGUGAGGGUAGGCAUUAUAUGGCUGUGGAUAGUAUGGGCAAUGCUUAUUCCUGGGGCAAUGGUGUGGGUGGCCGCCUGGGUCAUGGUGAUACAUUACCGCGAGAACAUCCCACAAAAAUCAAUGCUUUGGAGAGCACGGUCAAAUCGGUGCAUGUUGGUUGUUCCUAUAGUGCUGCCAUUACCUUCAAUGGCACUUUAUACACCUGGGGUCGUGGCACAUAUGGCCGCCUGGGUCAUGGCAAUUCUGAUGAUAAACUCAUACCAAUGCCCGUUACUGCUUUGUCGGAACACAAAAUAAUCGAUGUGGCCUUGGGUAGCGGUGAUGCCCACACCUUAGCGGUUACCGCCUCUGGUUUGGUUUAUGCCUGGGGUGAUGGUGAUUUUGGUAAAUUGGGUAAUGGUUCCUGCAACGGCUCACCAAUACCCCAACUUAUUGAUACCCUACCACGAGUGCAACGUGUAUUUGCUGGUGCCCAAUUCUCGGUGGCCCUGACGUGUGAUGGCAAAUUAUAUUCCUGGGGCAAAUCGAGUGGUGGACGUCUGGGUCACAGCCAGCUGGACAAACAAGUACAGUGUCUGAGUACACCCAAAUUGAUAACAGCUCUACAAUCAAAAACUAUUAUUGAUGUGGCCAUUGGUGUUUCCCAUUGUUUGGCCUUGAGUGCCAAUGGUGGUGAGGUUUUCGGCUGGGGUCGUAAUGAUUAUCAACAAAUAUGUCCAGCCUCGAUUUGUAAAGAACCUUUGGUGAAACAACCCAUUUUGGCGACUCAUCCUUCCGUUUAUGCCUAUGGCAUAGCUUGUGGUGCCGCUCAAAGCAUUAUCUGGAGUCAAACUUCGAUACAGGGAAUACCGGCACGUAUACCGUUUGUCAUUGAUUUAAGUGAACAGACUUUCCGUCUGUUGGAUCAGCUGUUGGGUAUGGUUUGUGGCCAGGAUUCCAAUAAUCGUCAAACACCAAAUCAAGAAGCUGAAUGUGUGGCCGUGGCUUGCUUAAAUCUGCUACGAUUACAAUUGCAUGCCCUCAUUGCGAAUGGCAUUGCAGCAAAAAGUGUGGGCCUUUCGGAAGGCUCUCGAUUAUUGGUUAGCUUGAAAACUCGCAUCCUUAGCCUAGCUGGAGGAGCAAAUGUUUUGAAAACAAUGCAAGAAGCUGCCCAGUGGGCAUUACAAGUUGGCUGGAGUGUACUUUUACCAACUGCCUCAGAAAGAGCACAAACAUUAACAUCACUACUGCCAUCGGAACCGGGUAUUUCGACGGCGGGUCAUAGAUUUAUGACCGACCUCUUAGUGGGUUCGCUAAUGGCAGAAGGCGGUCUGGAAACAGCUUUGAAACAAGCCAUACGUUUGGAAUGUAAUGAUUGCUGCGCCGACAAUGGUCACAACCUACCUUUGCUACAUCUCAUUAAACAACUAUUGCGCAAUAAUUCUGCCUUAACUCAGGCCAAGCUAACACAACUAGUACUCAACAAUGGCUGCCUCAAGACGACAGAAGAAGACAAUAAUCCAUCCCUGCAAUUGUUGGAACAUUCUAGUCCCAGUUUAGAUUUACUCCAUCGUUUUCAGCGUCUGCUCUUCGCACACAUCCAUGAAUGUCCCAAAAAUGAAGAUUUAACCGGUGCCGAAUUGCUGCUUAGCAAAUAUGUCCAAAGUGCUAUUAGCCUAUGUAUACAUUCCCUACAGAAAGCCCAUGAAGUGGCCUUGCAAGGCAAAGAAGGAGUACCCGAUAUUCUAAUGACAGACAUUUCCGAUACUCUACUCUAUGAACUUUUAAUUGGCCUUAUAAUUUUAAAACGUGAUCGACCCACGCUAAUGCCGGCAUUUGAUUGGUCUCAUCAUUUUGUUCCUCUGCUGCAUGCCUUAGAUAAUUUAAAUCGUCUCAUUUGUGAUAGUGAUAUACAGGAUUCAGAUGAUUUGGGUUGGCCCGGUAUUAUAUGCCGCGGAAAUUUGAAAAAUUCUUCUAUGUCACAACAACAACAGGAGGAGCUGAUGCUGAUACGUAAAAAUGAUUUUGAAAAUCAUUUAUUGGAUGGUGGCAAAUGGAUCAUAUUGAAUGGUUAUGUGUGUGAUAUUAAUGAUUAUCAAAAUGAAAAUUCCUGCAUUAAUGAUUACUUGAACGAAAGCAUUGGUAAAGAUCUUUCUGUGGAUUUGAAUAAUACCAAUUAUCGUUCAUGUCUGGAGUAUAUUCUAAGUCAUUACAAGGUUGGACGUUAUGCACCUAAUAUUAGUGAGGAAAAGCCACAUUUACAACAAAGUAAAGUUUUAACCCACUUCAACUCGGAACGAGCAUUGGCUUACCUCUUGGGUUUAGUUGUAAACACGUUGCAGAUUGGUCCACCUCCCCAACCCGCAGAAUUACAAUGUAAAACGAUUAUUAAAUCAAGUAUAUUAAGUGGCGGUUUACAGGUACUACAGCCGAGUAAUCCCUUUGAUGAGGAGAAAGGUGAGGCUCGCAGCAGUGCCAGUACGGCUGGUAGCACUCCAACUGAACCACCAGCUCAUACCAUGGCAACAAUUGGUGCCACCAUUUUAUCACCCAAUAAUGUGCAACAACGUAUAGAAACCUUAGUAUCCGGUCUAUCCGAUGGUCGCUUAACAGAUCCCUUAGUAGUAACCUGGAUGACAAUUUCCGAACGUUUUUGCAAGGAAAACAAUUUAAUAUGGCAUCAAGAAUUUCCUCCCGAACAUCCGGUACAAGAGCUGGAACGUUUGCUGACCGCUGUUUUAAUACGCCAUCAAAGUCUGGGUGGUUUAAUCCUAACCACCAUUGAACGUGAUUUAGGUGGUGUUACAACAAAUCCAGCUGGAAAAUUACCCAAACAAAUUGCCGAAAUUAUACGUUUAAUAUAUCAAACGAAAUGGUCGGUUGUCCGUAUAAGACAACAAUUAAAUCGUAGCUAUAAAGAGGUGUGUGCUCCAAUGUUGGAACGUUUACGUUUCCUGCUGUAUGAGGUACGACCCGCAGUGAGUUUAGAACAAGAAGGUCUACACAAGUUACCAAUUCUACACAAACUGCCAAGGUUUAAGCAAAUUGUUCGCAAAAUUAUUGCUGAAAUGCGUGUGGCCAAGAAACAGCUAAUAUGUGCCAAACCGGAGGAUAUCCUUAAUGUUACCAUACAAAGUCAAAAUGUUGCACAAAAAUUAAAUCAAUCACAGGAAUCUCUUUUGGAAGCAUCAAAUAUUGACCGCAAUAUGCCAGCCGCUACAGAAAUUGUGACAAUGCCCCCGGCCCAUGCCACAACCGUACAAAUACCAUCGACCCUCACAAAUCAUCCAUCAAAUGAAAAUCUCCUCGAAACCGGUGAUAAUAAUGUCAUCUUGAGUGAACGUAAAGCCUCUCAUGAUGAAAUAAAACAACAGGCAGCUGCAGAUCUCGAUUAUGAAGAUAAAAAACCCGAUGUAGAACCAAGACUUAGUAGUGAUCUCAUACGACGAUUAUGUGAAAAAUGGUAUUUCUCGGGUGAUGUCAACACGACAAUUAUGAAUGAAAUUGUUGAAUUUGUAAUGCAAGAAAUCUGUGAUGUAGAAACGGUGCGUCGCGCCAUGUAUUGUCAGGUGCAACGUUAUCAGAUACGCCGUCAAGGCUUGGAAAUGUUCCAUACCAUUUUGCAGGUUAAUGGUUUAAUGGAUGCCGUUAAAUAUAAUAUGCUGAGUGGCUAUUUGGGUUUACAUCUCAAGGGUAAUAAACAGACAACCACAAAUAUCCUAGAUGAUCUCGGUUCAAUAACGGCAUUUCAAAAAGCCAAUUUAAUGUUGGCCCAAGCGAAAAUCUUGGAAUGGUCUGUUGGCGAACUUCAAAGACUAGUUAAUCAAGAACAAAUACAUUUUAAAUCGAAAUACAACAACACCGGCAAGGACAAUACAAAUUUGGGUACAUAUGUUUUUCUCAAGAAGUUACCCAGAGCCCGAUUCCUUUUGAGCAUCUUUGGUAUUUUGGCCAAAGAUGUAAGUUCAAAUGAACUUAGUUUACUCAUCAAUUCCGGUACUUUGGGAACGGUGUUGGGCUUGUUAAGUCAAACUGGUGGUGAUAUACCGGCUGUAAAAAAUACCUAUGAAUUGUCAACAGUCUAUGAAGAUACCAUACUCAAACAGAAAUCGAAUAAGGCGAAUUUGACGGGUCCGGAAUUGGCAAAACUAAUGAAAAUUGGUACGCGUAUUGUACGAGGUGCUGACUGGAAAUGGGGUGAUCAAGAUGGUAAUCCACCUGGUGAGGGACGAAUUAUCAGUGAAGUUGGUGAAGAUGGUUGGGUACGCGUUGAAUGGUAUACUGGCGCCACCAAUUCCUAUCGUAUGGGCAAAGAGGGUCAAUAUGAUUUGCGAUUGGCCGACAGUGCUCUAAAUAUUGUAUCACCAGAUUCGGAAACGGAAAAAGAAGAAAUUAGCUGUGACUCGACAUUGAAUGGUGAAUCGCAUCCAACAAAAUUGUUGCGUUAUGCCUGUACGAAAUUUUUACAAAUUGUAUCGGUUGGAAUUGGUCUACAUUCGGAGAAGAUGGAUAAGAAUGCAGUACGCGGUAUAGCAUCAAUGUUUCGUUCAAUAUUAAAUCCAGAUUCGACAUUGGCAAACAUAUGUGGUUUGGACAAUUGGACUACAUUGGGAUUCCUGAAGGCAAUUGCAGGUGAAUCCAUAACCUUGUCUAAGCACCUGACCUCCCCCAUUUGGAUUGAUUUCUAUAUAAAUCUGUUGGAACAACCCACAACCCGUGAACAAGAUGUUUUUCGUAAAAUCCAUUGUUUGCGUUUGCUGCAAAUUGUUCUGCUGCAUUGGAGCGAUGAGGGUGAUUUGAAUAAAAUGACAGCCUUGGUUAGACAAAUCUUUUCCACCCUGGGAAAAUUAACUUUAUAUUGUCCCAAUGAUUCUUCGCUGCUGCAAACAACAUCCGAAAAUAAACCUAGAAUUUUAUUAACUUCAUCACAUUCUGGCACUGUGGCUGAGGAAAUUAUUACCCUACUGCGAAAAUUACAUACCCUACCCGUUUGGAAUACGGCCAUCAAUUCGUUCUUAUCACAAAAAUUAUGUGUGGCUGCUGAAUUGUUCGGGGAAGAUGGUUUAGAUUUGCAACACUUGGAGAAUGAAUAUAUUUUCGUAAUGGGUGUCCUCACCACAAUUGGGGGCUGUGAUAUAAGACCAAGGGUGGGACUUCAAGUGUGCCACGAGGGGACAACAGCAACAAUAUGUGGUUUCACCACCAAAGGCAAAUGUCUGCUAAGCACCGAUAAUCAAUCUUUAAAUGGAGAAUGCCGUAAGAUAUCCCUGAGUGCAGCAUUGGAAAGUGCCGAUUAUUCAGUUUUUAGCCUCUCCCGCUUGCCAAUGAACGAAAUGCUAUUGAACUCCUGGUCGGUUUUGUUAUAUGGUCCAGGCGAACGUAAGGAGUCGGUACCAAAUAUAAUUGAUAUAAGCCUUCUACGUUCGCAACAAAUCCAAUUGGCUGUAUUAAAUGCAAAUUGUGUGCUAUAUCGUCAUCAAACCUCAUUACGUAAAAUACUCAAACAAAGAUCUCCGGGCAUGUGCUCAUAUUCAUCCGAAGAAAGUAUUUCCGAUGAAGAACAACCCAACAAGGGAGCAGAAAGUAAACAUGACGGUAGCGAGGAACACGAUCAAAUAAAUACUUCAUCACAAUUUAUGAUGGGCGGUAGUUCCUCUAAUGAAACCGAACUUCUGAUACAAAGCAUUUUGAUUAGGGCCACACAACCCUCACCCGUUAAGGCCUGUUAUACAUACAGUGAAUUAGCCACAGCUGCUUUGAAUUGUUCUCAAGUUUUGGCAUCGCACGUCCAUUCUGAACUGAAUGAUAAUUGUUCGGCUUCGUCGCGUAAUGGUGGUGGCAGCAUUAUGCCUUCAAUGCAGGCCACCAUGAUUCACGGUACUCCAAUUUACAAUAUGGGCGUCUUCGAUGAGGCCACGGGUACCAGCUCCGCCAGCAUUCCAUCAAAUAUUGAAAUUAAAGACUCCGAUACGACAAUGAAUACAUCCAUGUCAUUGAUAUCACAAAUUAUGGAAAUGGGUUUUAGUAAAAAAUCCGUAGAAUUGGCUGUUAAACAAUUAACUGUAUAUCCCAUGAUGCCGACACCUGAACAAAUUGUACAAUGGAUUUUAGAACAUCCAGACAUAUGUAAUAAUACCAUUGAUCCUACAGACUACAAUGAUCCGGCAGAGUUGAUGGGGGGACCGGCAUCUUCGUCAUCAGUGGAUGCAGCAACUUCGGUACCGCAUCAAAAAUUAACCUUGCAAGAUCCCGAAUGUGAUUCAGAUAAUGACAGUGUCGAUACCAGCUCUGACACCGUGGAGGGCUCCUCGGUGCAAGACCAUCAAUUUAAAUACCAAACUCGUAAAGAUUUCCAAACAGCUGACCAAUAUGCCAUGUAUGUACGAGGCUUGGUGUGUCCCGGCAUGAUUGUACGUUGCUGCCGUGAUUUUGAAGAAAUCAAGCAAGGCGAUAUUGGCACUGUGCUCAAAGUGGACACUGAAGGUUUGCACGAUCUGAAUGUACAGGUAGAUUGGCAGCUGCAUGGUAAUACUUAUUGGGUAUGUUUUGUCCAUAUUGAGUUGUUGGAAAAGCCAGCCGAUAAGCUUAGCAUCUCCUCGGUGGCCAGCUUGGAAAGUAAUGGUGGCGGAAUGCCAUCUUCCCAGGUGGUAAUUGGUUCGCAAGUACGAAUGAGAGCAGCUCCACGCUACAAAUGGGGCAACAUUAUGCGUGGCAGCGUUGGCACCGUUACAGCUGUCAAUGGGAAAAAUGUCUGCGUUGAUUUCCCACAACAUCCUGGCUGGAAGGGUUCCAUAAAUGACAUAGAAACUGUGGGCACUUCUGCUCAAGGUUGUACCCUUCUAGGACUGAAUAGCCACUCCGCUCCAAAUGCCAAUGAUCUCAUUGAAGAUUGGUCCAGAUGUAUACGUUCGCUGAGCGUUUCCUCGAAUGAAUCAACCGCCAAACAUUUACUCGAUCGUAGUCCCAAUUGUUGGCAGAGCUCUUCAAGUACCCAAGGCAAACACUGGAUCCGACUGGAAAUGCAUGAAAAUGUUCUCGUACAUAGUCUCUCGAUUACGGUCAGUCCAAGUGAUCAUUCGCAUAUGCCAUCGUUGGUUGUGACUCGCGUUGGCGACAGUAUUGGCAACCUGAAAGAAUAUUCCUGGAUUUCGAUCAAAAUCACCGAUACCACUGUGGCUCUGAUGACCGAUGUAAGGCAGUAUUAUCCCUGGAUUGAAAUAGUCAUCAAACAAUGUCGCAACAAUGGCAUUCAAUGUAAGGUGCAUGCCCUGAACAUAGUUGGACGACGUAAACAAACCGAUUUGGACUUAAUGCUAAUGAAUGCCUCCUUCCUGGCAUGUGAAUAUGAUAAUCUGUCGGAUUCCAAUCAAAAUCUAUCCAUUUCGUCGUAUGCCGAUGCCAAAUCUUCAUCAUCCCUUAGCGAUCCACCAUGUACCGUUAUGGUGUGGGGUUUAAACGACAAGGAACAAUUGGGUGGCCUUAAGGGGUCCAAAGUGAAGGUGCCCACAUUUUCACAAACCAUCAGCCGUCUGCGACCCAUACACAUUGCCGGUGGUUCGAAGUCACUUUUUAUUGUGUCCCAAGAUGGCAAAGUUUAUGCCUGUGGUGAGGGCACCAAUGGUCGCUUGGGUUUGGGAACCAGUGCCAAUGUCUCAGUACCACGACAAGUUCCAGUUCUACAUCAAUAUGUCGUCAAAAAGGUGGCAGUACACUCGGGUGGCAAACAUGCUCUGGCCUUAACUUUGGAUGGCAAGGUUUUCUCAUGGGGUGAGGGCGAAGAUGGUAAAUUGGGUCAUGGCAAUCGUUUGACCAUGGACAAGCCGAAAAUGAUUGAGGCCUUGCGCUCGAAAAAGAUUCGCGACAUUGCCUGUGGUUCAUCACACAGUGCAGCCAUAACGUCGGCCGGAGAAUUAUAUACGUGGGGCUUGGGCGAAUAUGGACGUUUGGGCCAUGGCGACAAUGCAACACAAUUGAAACCCAAAUUGGUGGCUGGUCUCAGUGGCAAACGGGUGAUACAAGUGGCCUGUGGCAGUCGUGAUGCUCAAACAUUGGCCCUAACUGAAGAUGGCGCUGUGUAUUCCUGGGGUGAUGGGGAUUUCGGUAAAUUGGGAAGAGGCGGUUCGGAAGGUUCGUCGGUACCCCAUGAAAUUGAACGUUUGAGUGGCAUUGGUGUUAUACAAAUAGAAUGUGGCGCCCAAUUUAGUCUUGCUCUAACACGUACCGGUGAAGUAUGGACAUGGGGUAAAGGUGACUAUUAUCGUCUGGGCCAUGGUAGUGAUCAACAUGUACGUAAACCCCAACCCAUACAAGGCCUUAGGGGACGUAAAGUUAUCCAUGUUGCUGUUGGUGCUCUCCACUGUUUGGCUGUCACCGAUACCGGCCAAGUCUUCGCCUGGGGUGACAAUGAUCACGGUCAACAAGGAUCCGGAAACACCGUGGUGAAUAAAAAACCUGCUCUUGUUAUUGGUUUGGAUUCGGUAUUUGUGAAUCGUGUGGCUUGUGGUAGUUCACAUUCCAUAGCAUGGGGUUUGCCACAAUCACCCUCAGAGGAUGAGAAAAAGGGUCCCGUGCCAUUCGCAACCACCAAAGAUCCCUUGGGUGGUACAAGUUUGGGUAUAUAUGAUGCAGAACCGACAGUGUGUGUGCCGGCGUCGAGCACCAGUGGUAAUAGUAAGAAACCUAGCAAGGCUAGUUUAAGCGAAACGUUGCUAUCUUUGGAGACGAACGGAGCCAGACAGACGGCCUUAAAUUAUGUUUUAAAUGCAAUGAGCAUUCUACAGGCUCGGCAAUUAAUUGUGGCCGCCCUAACUAGUCACAGUAAAGUGAAUUUGAACGAAAGACUAAGCAGUGAUAUUGAUACAGAAAGCGGAACCGGAACUGGAGGAGUUGCAGGCGGAUUGGGCGGUGGUGGUGGCAUGAGAGAUACCCUAAGCCAUCAAAGUAGCCAACAACAAAUUGUAAACAAUACGAAUGAAAUUAUAGCUCAAGGUGGGGGUGAAGCUUUGGCAGAUGCCUCCGAUCCCGCAGUCCAUGAACCUUCCCCAGAAGCAGAACUACCUACCAGCGUUAUGCCAACAGACAGAGGUUCAGAACGUAUACGUUCUGACUUGAGUGCUUUUCAUAGCCUUACUGGGUCAAUGUCAUUGUCGGCGUCGUUGUCGAGUACCGCACCCCAUAAACAUUCAAAAAUGUCUGCCUCAGCAAUGUCGGUAAUGGCAGCCACGAUGAAUAACCAAGAAGAGAUGAUAAACGAAACUUCGUUAACGGGUUUGGAUGAUUUCACCUCACUACUGGGUGAGUCAGAGGCCAAGAGUUUGGUGGAAUUAUUGAAAUUAAGUGUGGCGGGACGGACGGGACCUUCAAGUACAUCGCAAACUAUUGCUGAGACCCUCAUAGCAUUGGGUUCCAACAGCCCGACAAUUGGUGCCAUGCUACUGGAAACCUGUAUAACCGAAUUGGAAGAUCUCUGUACCUCCCGCUACAGUUUGGGUAAAGUACCCAAACCGGUGAUGCAAGAAAGCAGCCAUCCUUAUGUUGAUAAUGUCACCACAACCGGUCAUGUGAAGAUACCUGGAGCAGAGGCUUUACGUCUGGAAUUCGAUUCAAAUUGUUCCACAGAAAAACGCAACGAUCCUUUAGUCAUCAUGGAUGGUUCUGGCCGAGUGAUCGCCAUGCGUUCGGGACGAGAAUUUGCCCAAUGGGCAUCGGAAAUACGUAUACCUGGAGAUGAAAUGAAAUGGAAAUUUACCUCCGAUAGUUCAGUUAAUGGAUGGGGUUGGCGUUUUUGGGUACAUGCCAUAAUGCCGGCCACAACAAUGAAUGAACGAGGUUCCGACCGGGCAGUACUAUCACAACCGUCAAUGCCACUGGUAAUGGCGUUGCUGGAUGAACGUUUGGGUCCCAACAACACCAGUGUCCUACUGCGUUUGGCCGCCGCCUUGGCUGCUUGUGCUCAACUGAACUCCUUGACUACAACACAACGUAUUUGGUCUUUAAAGAGAUUGCAUGCGGUAUUGCUAACGAAAUAUGCCCCCAAGCCAUUGGAUGCUUCCUUGAAUCCAAUACUAAUGCCUUUGAUACCAGAACUCUUGAGGCAAUAUGAAUACGAAGAGCCACAGGUAAGGGGUGGCAUCCAUUUAAUGCAUUCCGAUUAUUUUAAGACAUUGGCUGCCCUGGCAUGUGAUAUGCAAUUGGAUGCCGUCUUGCCACCGGCCGAUGUUCACAAAUGGGCUUGGUUUAAACGUUACUGCAUUGCUGUGCGGGUGGCCCAGUCCCUGAUAAAACGUACCGAAUUGCCCAAAUCAUUUUGCAUGGAGGUGAGAAAAAAAUUUGCCGAAAUGAUGCCGCAACCGACACAAUCGCAUACGCCCCAACCGGGUGGUUCCUCGAUGAUGAACUCGACCACAUCGUUGGGAUCUUCCACAAGCACGGCUACAAAUCCCUCGCCACAACCUUGUCUAACGGCCAUGGUAAAUACGUUAACACCUAGCACCAGUAGCUUGAUACAGUAUAUAGAUACGGUUAUGACAUUGUCAUUGCAGGAGACCGGAGGAGCUUGCGGUGGCAGUGGCGGUGCAGCGUCAGCAGGUCCCAUGACACCAUGUUCCACGGCCGGCGAGCACAUACAAUUUAUGCAUGAAGAUCACCACCUAUUCAAGACCGAACAUGAUAGUCAAUUGCUGCAAUGGCUAAACAGACGUCCCGAUGAUUGGGCCUUAUCUUGGGGUGGGGCAAGCACAAUUUAUGGAUGGGGUCAUAAUCAUCGUGGUCAAUUGGGUGGUCUGGAGGGCAGUCGCAUUAAAACACCAACACCAUGUGAAGCUUUAAGUCUUCUGAGGCCUGUCCAGUUGGCGGGAGGAGAGCAGACCCUGUUUGCUGUGACACCAGAUGGAAAACUGUUCGCCACCGGUUACGGUUGUGGUGGAAGACUUGGUGUGGGUGGUACUGAUUCUUGGGCCGUUCCCACCUUGGUGGCAUCACUGCAACAUGUUUUCGUGAAAAAGGUGGCUGUCAACUCCGGCGGUAAGCAUUGUUUGGCUCUUACCACAGACGGUGAGGUGUAUUCCUGGGGUGAGGGUGAAGAUGGUAAAUUGGGUCAUGGCAAUCGAAUGGGCUAUGAUCGGCCCAAACUAAUCGAAGAUCUUACGGGCAUUGGUAUUGUCGAUAUUGCUUGUGGUAGUGCCCAUUCCGCGGCCAUUACUGCCUCAGGUCAUGUUUUGACAUGGGGUAAAGGACGUUAUGGCCGCCUGGGCCAUGGCGAUUCGGAGGAUCAGCUGAGACCAAAGUUAGUAGAAGCCUUGCUGGGCUAUCGGGCCAUUGAUAUUGCUUGCGGUUCAGGUGAUGCCCAGACACUGUGUAUUACCGAUGAUGACAAUGUUUGGAGUUGGGGUGAUGGAGAUUAUGGCAAAUUGGGACGAGGUGGUUCGGAUGGCUGUAAGGUACCCGUUAAAAUCGAAAGCCUUUCGGGUUUGGGUGUAAUCAAAGUGGAAUGUGGUUCACAAUUCUCUGUGGCCCUUACAAAGUCCGGAGCUGUCUACACCUGGGGUAAAGGAGAUUUCCAUCGUCUGGGUCAUGGUACAGUGGAUCAUGUGCGAAGACCGAAAAAGGUUGCAGCUUUACAGGGUAAAAAAGUCGUGUCAAUUGCCACAGGAUCGUUGCAUUGUGUGGCAUGUACGGAUAAUGGCGAGGUGUAUACAUGGGGUGACAAUGAUGAAGGUCAACUUGGUGAUGGUACGGUUAGUGCCAUACAAAGGCCACGAUUGGUGCAUGCCUUGGUUGGAAAACACAUUGUGAAGGUGACCUGUGGUUCGGCCCACACCUUGGCGUUGUCAACGUCACAGUUAUCGGAGAGGGUAAGACCACCACCAAAUCCUCCUUUGGAAUAUGAUUUGGUUAGAGAUUUGCCACCGGAAGCCUUGCAUGCCCGUCUUGUGUUGCUGCAUCAUUUCUCAGAACUAUUGUGUCCAUGCUUGGCCAUGCUGCCCAUAACAGGCGAACUUAGUCUGGGUGCUUUGAAAGAUGUUCUGGUGUACACCAUAAAAGAGGCAGCCUUCCGUAAAGUCAUCCAGACCACCAUGGUAAGAGAUAAACAACAUGGACCGGUUAUCGAAUUGAAUAGGAUACAGGUGAAACGUUCCCGCAACAAAUCCGCGAAUGGUUUGGCUGGCGUGGACGGCAUGAAAAGUGUUUUUGGUCAAAUGGUACAGAAACUGCCGCUUCUGACACAGGAGGCAUUGUCUCUGCCCCACCGUGUGUGGAAGGUGAAAUUUGUUGGUGAAUCUGUAGAUGAUUGUGGCGGUGGUUACAGCGAAUCGAUUGCCGAAAUGUGUGAUGAGCUACAGAAUGGUAGUGUACCACUUUUGAUUGGUACACCAAAUGGCCGCGGUGAGGCAGGGGCAAAUCGUGAUUGCUUUUUGCUGGAUCCCACGCUCACCUCGGUGUUACAAAUGAACAUGUUCCGCUUUUUGGGAGUUCUUAUGGGUAUUGCUGUACGGACUGGUUCACCGCUUAGUUUGAAUCUCGCUGAACCCGUUUGGCGUCAAUUGGCCGGUGAACAAUUACGACCAUCAGAUUUAACUGAAGUGGAUCGUGAUUAUGUAGCCGGCCUGUUGUGCAUACGCAAUAUGGAUGACGAUCCGAAAGUGUUUAGUACGCUGGAAUUGCCAUUUUCAACAUCGUCGGCCAAGGGCCAUGAAGUGCCAUUGUCGACACGUUAUACCCGCAUUACACCACAAAAUCGUCAUGAAUAUGUACGCCUGGCAUUGAAUUUCCGUUUACAUGAAUUCGAUGAACAAGUUAAGGCCGUACGUGAUGGCAUGUCCAAAGUAAUACCCGUCCCACUGCUCUCCCUAUUUUCGGCAUCUGAGCUACAAGCUAUGGUCUGUGGUUCGCCAGAUAUUCCAUUGGGUCUUUUGAAAUCCGUGGCUACAUAUAAAGGUUUUGAUCCGAAUUCUGAUCUGGUACAAUGGUUCUGGGAAGUUAUGGAGGAGUUCUCAAAUCAGGAACGUUCUUUAUUCUUGCGUUUCGUGUGGGGUCGUACCCGUCUACCACGCACUAUUGCCGAUUUUAGAGGACGAGAUUUUGUUUUACAAGUUUUAGAGAAAAAUCCGCCCGAUCACUUUUUACCCGAAUCAUACACAUGUUUCUUUUUAUUGAAAAUGCCUCGAUAUUCAUGCAAGGCCGUUUUAAUGGAGAAACUCAAAUAUGCCAUACAUUUUUGCAAAAGCAUUGACACUGAUGAAUAUGCCCGUGUUGCAAUGGGCGAUCCCACCGAAGCAACCGGCAGCGAAGAUAAUAGUGAUUUAGAAUCUGUAGCAAGUCAUGAGGCCUAGAAUAUGGAAAAUAACGAUUUCGAAGA